GGAGACUCAUGACGUGGCGUGAAGUGAUUGGCUGAAGUCGCUAAUCAGCCACUGUGAAACGCAAAAAAAGUUUAAGCGCGAAGAUUGUCUAAAGAAAACCCCAAUUCGAAGAAAUCGAUUCGCAUUUUAUUUACUGUUCCUCUCCAAUUCUGUAAGCUCUAGCAUGAUAAGAUGGAGAACAUGCUAUAUGCUGAGGAGCUGGUGAGAGAGUUUCUUGUGUUUAGAGGGUUUACGAAUACUUUGCAAGCUCUUGAGACUGAACUAAGCACAGACAUAGGCAAAGGGUUUCAAGUGGAUAAGAUAUUGGAGUUAAUCUUCUUGGUAUAUAUUCCCAAGUUUCAAGCAGAAAAAUUGGUUAGUCUGCUGAGUUUCUUCAAGAAGUGCUUGUCAUCAUCAUCUGAGACAGUACUAACUGCUACUCUAUCAAAACUGGAGGUCUCUAUUCUACGCUACUAUAUUAUUCAUGCCUUACAGUCAGGAAAAAAAGACAAAGUUGUAGAGUUUUUGGGAAUGAAUGGAAAUGAUUUGCUACAGAGAGGCCAAGAUUGGGCUCCAUGGUUUGCCAUUCCUUAUCUAAAAAAUCCAGGCUUGGAUCCUCAGUUUCGUAUAUAUUUCUCAAAGGAAUGGGUUGAAGCCUUGCGACUCUCUGUGAGGAAUUUCUUUAGUGAGAUCUUCAAUGGAACUCGUCUCCCUGCCCUCUUGAAGAUCAGUUCAGAGAAGAACACUGUAAACCGUCUCAAAAAGGACAUCAAACAACUUAAUGUUAAGCUGUCACAACUUCAGGCUGUACUGGAGGAAAAAGAGGCUCAGUUAAACCGGUUAAGGAAUGCAAGUAAUGCUGAGUUAAUGAAGGAUGCAAGCCUGGGACAAACUAAGUGUUCUACUCCAUCAAGUGGCUUGCAUGAAGAAAAUCUUCUUUCUGGAAACAGUCAAGAAGCUUUUCCCACUGCUAUUACAGAUUUAAAUGAGAUAGAGCCGGGUCAGGAAUUGGCCAGUAGUCUACCUGCCAAAGCUUUGUGGAAACUCACUGGAUCCAAGUCUGGAAAUGAUUCAAGUUCUCAUUCAACUGUAGAUGCUGAAGAUGCUGGAGCUGGUGGUUCCAUUCAAACGUACUAUGAUAUUCCUUACAGUGAGAAUGGUAGAGAAAAGCUAGGAGAAGAAGAUUUCCCAGAAGUGAAAGUAGAUUUCCAGGAGACAUUUUUGGGCCAUACCAGUCCCAUCAGUUGCUGCCGCUUUUCCGCAUCUGGAAACAAUAUAGCUAGUGCUUCUUUGGACGGCACUGUCAGGAUAUGGACAUAUGACUCUUCAACUCCAGCUUCUAGAAAUGCAACAAUAUACUGUGGGGCAGAGAUUAUGUCGCUUGAGUGGGAAUGUAAAUCUGACCGCUUGCUACUAAUUGGCACCGCUGAUGGAGGCAUUAAAGCAUGGAAUGUUGAUGCUAAAAGAGUUGUAUGUGAUCUCAAUACAACUGGAGCAUUUCCCAGUGUCCUGGACCUCAAGUGCAGCCCAGUAGAACCAAUAUUUGUUUCUGCUGCAGCAUCUAGAGGAUAUGGCUCAAAUUGUACUGAUACUUGGGGAUUUGCCUCCUUAACUGUCUGGAACAUGAAGACAUGGAAAGCUAUGACAGUCCUUCCUCUUGGUGAUGAUCCGCCUGCAAUUACUUCCCUAUGCUUCAAUCACAAUGGGAAAAUUCUAGCAGCUUCUGCAAUUGAUGGAAUGAUCCACAUGUUUGACAUGUCUGCUGGUCUACAAAUUACUGGUUGGCCUGCACAUGAUUCUGCUAUUAGCUCAAUUCUUUUCGGUCCUGAUGAAACAAGCAUUUUUAGCUUGGGGUCAGAUGGAAAGAUUGUUGAAUGGAGCUUGCAAAACCAAGGUCAAGUCCUUUGGUCAAGGAAUUGUGGCAGAUUCUUUGAAUCUGAGACCUCAAAACUCUGUAGAAAUGAGAUGGCUUUGGAUGCCAAUGGGAGGAGAUUAUUGGUAACAUCGGGUUCAGUAAGGGCACCGAUAUAUCAGGUUCAAGGUCAUGGAAGUGGAUUCGGAACUCUUCCUCACACUGCAGCUAUAACAACCGUGGAUUGGCACCCAACGUUGCCCGUAUUUCUGACAGGCUCAGCUGAUCACUCAGUUAGAGUAACAUCCAUGUUGUAAUUUCUCUCAAUCUUACAUGCUCUUUCAAUUCAUUUUCUGGUGAGCUAGAAGUUGAAGUGGAAAUUUUUCCAGCCGAAAAAAAUUCGCACAUCAAAGUGUACCUACUUUUGAAGAUGCAUCUUUAACAGUUCAUAUUUCGACCAGAUGGAAUGGCUUUUCCUUGUUUGUAAUUCAUUGUAAGUUAUAAUGCAUCAUUCAUUCUUUGUUGCA